CUGCUUGUUUUUAAUAGGAGCCAGCGAUUGACGGCCCUCGGUAGCUCAGGAUGGACAGCUUCUUCAAGGCAGCGGUUUGUGAUCUGGACAAGGUUCUGGAUGACUUUGAGCUCAAUUCAGAGGAAGCGGAAUGCCAGCCUGUUUUCCUGAAGCCCCCUGCGUACCCGUUCUGCCCGGACGUCCCCAGCGGCCCAACCAGCCUCCCAGACCUCAAUUCUCUCCAUUAUGGCUCCGCAGGAAGCUGUUCAGAUGCCUCCAAUGGCCAGCAGACCGCUGACGGUGGCGAGGUGAGAGGUCAGCCCCUGACUGCCGUGGACCUUCUGUCCUCCGUUGACCGCAGGCCUGCUAAAAACGCGGCCCCGCCCUGCCCGGACAGAACUCUGAAGCCGGUGUGCGACCUCGUAAACGAUGCCAGCUCGGCCAUCUUGGUUCGGACCAACAGCCAGGAGGAGGAGGCGCUGCUGGUGGACUUUGACAGCCCUGCGGUCACAGAGGUGGGGGUGGGGCUUAACAUAAACAGUGUUGAGGAGGAGCAAACUGAGCUGAGCUGCCACCAACAGAGCGGCGGUUACUCCGCAUCGCUCAGUUUGCUGGACAUUAUUUUUCCGGCGGCGGCGGAGAAAAGCUCUGAACCUUCCGAUCAGUCGGAGUCAGCUGAUGCAGACGAGAAGGAGAGCGAAGAGCAGCUGGAGGGGGCGUCCUCGGACCGCCAUAAAGCAGAGAGCGAUAACGAAGUGACGUCUUUAAGCGAGGAGCAACCUUCAGAUCAGGCGGCUGAAGGCGAGUCUGACGAAGGGAUAGAGUGUGAAUCAUCAAACGGCGAACCGGGCAGCUUGUCAUGCCUGCCGCUGGCCGUGUCGAUGUGCGGCGCUCUGGUGAACUCCACCACCUCAGAGGAUCCUCCCGGGGCAGCAGAGGCGUCUGAGAGCACAGGAGGAACGGACGACGGCAGAGACGGCUCCUCUGACUCGGAGCAGAUGUCAGAGAGGAGGCCGUCUCCAGAGGGGCAGCACGCUUCGCUUGGUUCUGCUCCGGCAGAGCCCGACCCGCCCUACGCUCCUGAGUUCGGCUUUGAAUACCUGCCUGAGAGCGAUCAGGCGGAGCUGCUGGUUACAGACGAAGAGCUGGACGCUUUCCUGCAGGCGCACGCGGAAGCAGAGCAGGGGGCGGGGCCUUCUCUCUGCUCCAGAGGUUCUGGAGAUGAACCCCAGUGCCUCUCGGAGUCAGGGCAGGUUCUGGAAGAACGACGAGAUGAGCCAGAACCUGGAAGCUGUGGCCAAGAACAGGAAGAGCCAGAGGCUCUGUCAUCUGGGGAUGGAACAUCUGCUGCAUCUGCAGAGGGAAGCUUCAGUCCUUCUGCUCUUUCAGCGUCAGGAGAGUCUAUACCGUCACAAUGCCAUGACUCCUAUGGAGGCGCCAGACCAAAACAGCCCCACAGCCAAACCGCCAGACCUCCACCAGCAGGAGAGGAAGGAACGGAGCCCAGCACCUCCCCAACACCUGAAGAACAGGAGCACCCAGCUCCCACAGAGGACCCGUCUAAAUUCAGGGACUCUGACCUCAGCAGCCCUCCGUAUCAGCAGGAUUUCUCCGCAGGGUUUGACGAACUCUCAGAGCCGCCUCCAUACCCCGGGGAGGAGCCGCUGGGCGCUGCCAGGCCGGCCAACUGGAAGGGGGACGGUGAGGAGGAGCUGGGGAGCAUUCAGCCAGCGUGGGUGCCAGACGCUGAAGCUCCGUCCUGCAUGAAAUGCCACCAGACGUUCACCUUCAUCAAGCGGCGGCAUCACUGUCGGGCCUGCGGGAAGGUGUACUGCGCCGGGUGCUGCAACAGAAAGUGUAAACUCAAGUACCUGGACAAGGAGGCUCGUGUGUGCGUCCUCUGCUUUGACACCAUACAUAAAGACUUGGCAUGUAAACUGGCUGUUCCUGGCGCACCUGAAGCACUUGGUGUGACGGCAGCACCCGGCUCAGCUGGAUCUGACCCUGGAGGUGAUGAACCAUCCGGCUCUGAGGCCCCCGGAGCCGCCCCGGUGGAGCGAGCCCCGGUUUCUGGGCCCUGGGAUUACGGCUUGCUUUCUGGGAUCGGUUCUUCGGUGAGCAGGAUUCCCAGUCUGCUUCCAGACAACGAGGAUGAGCUGCCUCCUCUGCUCAUCACCACCGGGGAGGAUGACGGAGAAGAUGUUCUGGUGGAGGAGAGUCCAGCCCCCUGUCAGAUUCGACACCUGUUGGAGGAAGGAGGGCCGCGCCCUUUGACCUUUGUUCUGAAUGCCAACCUGCUGAUAAAUGUCAAACUGGUCACAUACGGCAGCAGGCAGUGCUGGUGCUUCGGCUCCAACGGGCUGCAGGCUCUGGGGCAGAAGGAGCUGAUUUUUCUGCUGGAAUGUUUGUCGGGAGAAAAAACGCUUCCCAGAGACCUCUUUUCUCUUUAUCUCACCAUUUACCAGGAUGCCCAGAAAGGGAAGUUUGUGGAGGAGCUGGAUAACGUCACGUUCACCAGCAGUUUCCUGGACAGCAAAGAUCACGCCGGGAUGCUGUUCUUCGCCCCCACCUGUCAGCCCCUGGAUGGCCUUACGCUGCCCCCCCAACCGUUCCUGUUCGGCCUCCUGGUCCAGAAACUGGAGGUCCCUUGGGCCAAAGUGUUCCCGCUCAGACUGCUCCUGCGGCUCGGAGCUGAAUACGACAUGUAUCCCACUACGCUGAUAAGCGUCCGAUUUCGGGAGUCAGUGUAUCGAGAGACGGGACACACCAUCAUGAAUUUAUUGGCUGACCUGAGGAACUACCAGUACAGCCUGUCAGUGGUGGAAGGCCUGAGGAUCCAUAUGGAGAUGGGACACAGCUACAUAGAGAUCCCCAAGGCUAGCUUUAGCGAGAUGCAGAAGGUGGUGAACUCAUCCAACGAGCAUGUCAUCAGCAUCGGAGCGAGCUUCAGCCAGGAGGCUGACUCUCACCUCGUCUGUUUCCAGAACGAGGAGGGAAACUAUCAAACUCAAGCCAACAGCAAGCCGGGGGAAACUCGCACAGUGACUGGGGCCAGUUUCGUGGUGUUUAACGGAGCGCUAAAAGCCUCGUCAGGUUUUAUCGCCAAGUCCAGCAUCGUUGAAGAUGGGUUGAUGGUUCAAAUCCCACCGGAAACCAUGGAGUCUUUGCGCUCCGCCCUGAGGGAGCAGACAGACUUCGACAUACCCUGCGGCAAGAAUGACGGCGGGGAAGUCAAAGAGAACGUCACGGUUCGCUGGGUUGACUGGUCCUCGCCUGUUAACUCGGGUAAAACCAGUGGAGUUGAUGGGAGACCCCUGGACGGCGUCCCCAGCGUGAGGAUGGAGCAGGACACAGAGUUUGAGUCGCACAGCCGCACCAUUAGAUGCACCGAGGUGUUCUACCAGCUGAAGUCUCCUGACUGCAGCCUGGCGGCGGUGCUGUCGUCCUGCAGCGGCUUUCAGAAGGAGAUCGCCUUGGCAACAUGCAGCGCUCUGGCUCCUCACCUCUCGGUUCUUACCUCAAGUGGGAUCAACUCGCUGUGGCUUCGCGUCUCCACCCAGGCUGACAUGGUGGAGUACCAGGCCGGAUCCGGAGGCAGGCUCCUCCCUCAGCGCUACAUGAACGAGAUGGACGGCGCUCUGAUCCCCGUCAUCCAUGGAGGUGGCGCCAGCGUGCCGCAGACCGCCAUGGACAUGGAGCUGGUGUUCUACAUCACACACUCUCUGCAGUGAUCGUAAGACCUCCGCACACUAAAGAAGAUGGCCGCUGAACAGAUGAUCUAUUUUUUAGCGGGAAAUAGGUUCCCUUCGCUGCGCUCUCCAAAGCUGCUACAUCUACCCGACGCCAAACACUAAAAACCUAAGAACCGAAGCGUCAUUCUCUAUUCUGCCUUCCCGGCUCUCCGCUCGAAAGGAGAGCCUCUGCGAAUGUCACCACAGUCUCAUCUGGAUGUAAUUAUUCAAACUAAAAAAAACAUGGGCUCAACUCAGUGAAAACAACAGCAGGGAAACGAGUCAGGUGCUGCGAAGAAACGCUGGGAGAAUCAAGUCAGCCGCUUUGUUAGGAACGCUCCAUCUCCACAUCUUAGGCGUUGUGAUGGUUUGUUUUUCUGUCUUAGAAGUGUUUCGUUUCUCUGCCCAGAAGCUUGUUUUAUGUUGCUGCUCAUGUUCCUACAGUAGAGACGGAGCAAAUCCAACACCAACCUGGAAGAAGAAUCCACAUUUAACCAGAUCCAAUUCUGCUGCGGUUUUUAUUUCGAUUUUUCAUCCGACAUGAAGCUCAGUUUGUAAAUAAAAUGUAUACAUUUGUUUGUAAACAGAAGAAUAUCUGUCAAACAUUUACAAACUAAAGCCGCAACCAGGCGGGAUUGGAUGCUGGGAGAGUUUCCAACCAAAAGCUGAGCCUCAAACGCCACAUUAUCAGCUUUUGUUAUUCUGAGCUGGACCACAUCUUCAGCAGCAUUCCUCAUAUGAUUGUAUUUACCUUUUUUUUUUUACUUUGAAAUGAAGGUUGUAAAGCGUAGCUUAAAGCGGCAGCGGAUUUCUUGUUGGAAAAGCUCCAGUUUUGCCUCGUUCAGGGCGAAACACUCCCAGCCCGACAGCCGUCCUGAAACUCCCAGGGAGCCGAGAUCUGAAGGACGCGAAGCAGAUUUUCCAGUUUGUCUGAAAUGCCUUUCCAACAGCUUUUUAAUCAGAGCUUAAUGUCAGCAAAGAAGAAACUGAUCUGAGAAUAUCUAGAUUUCAUUUUCACAUUUGAAACUAUUUCAGACCUCCUCCGCAUCUUAACGUUGAAUAGCGUUGAAUUCCUCAUAAUUUGGAAAGCUGUUACGGACUUUAAUAAAUGAAGACGCAAACGAGAAAUCAGCGUAACACAUGUUCUAUCUUAAAACAAAGGCAAAGCUGAUGUUUUUAGGUUUAUUCUGGAUCUUAUAUUAGCAAAGGGCCCCGUUAGCAUAGUUAGCAGCAUCUUUCUAAAUCCAGUUUAAUCCUUGCUGUUUUACAUGUAGCCUUCCUGUUAUCCCCUGAAAAACCUUCUCUUUCUCGCAGCCUGAAUGAAUCAAACCAUUUCUGCCUGUUCAUUUUUAAACACCUCACCACAGUAAGAACUUCCGCACCGAAGAGCGGUGUUGUUGGUGUUAUUUGGUAGCGCUUUAAGAUGAGAUGUGUUCACCGGUUUGAAAAAAAUCUUUUGUUUCAGAGCAACCGAUGGUCAACAUCUCAGAUCUAUGCAUCCUUUUCCGAUCCAUCAUAACUCAUGGACUAUGCAUCCUAUUUUAAAGCUUUUCCAAAUUUCCACUGAGCUGAGAUGGAGUGAUGGGCGGGGCUUAGAUCAGACCACCAAAGCUGACCAAUCAGAAGGUAGCAGAGGGUGCCUCACUUUACCCAGCUUCUACUUUUUCUAGUUUCAGGACAAAGAUCAGUGUUUUUCAGCUUGUCUUGACUUUUCAUCCAUAUGUAUAACACAAUGUGCAGAGAUUGUAUAAAGAAAAGAAUCAUUUUAUUAUUGCAGAGAUAUUUUUGGUAUAAAUGAUGUAAAAGCAGAAAAAUCCAGGUUAAGAAUAAAUAUGUUUAGCUUCAUUUGAGGA